AUGGAUUAUAUGGGGGUGAUGAAGUGCAACAAGGUCAAGAAACAAAGGAGGAGAUCAGAUGACCAUAAUUCUAAGAAGUCAAAUAUCAAAGUUGUGUAUAUUUCUACUCCCAUGAAAGUAAAGACUAGUGCGUCAAGAUUUAGGGCACUUGUCCAAGAACUCACCGGGCCAGACUCCGAUAUAGCGAGAAUCAUGGAGAGUAAUGGAGCAACAGAGUUUGAAGAUUAUAAUGGACGUGACAACAAUGAACUUCAUGAACUGCUGCCCGCAGCAAAGUCUUCGUCACCAUCAGCGUCGCCAUCAGCUUCGUCGUCUAAGUCUAAUUCAUCGUCUUUGAGUUCAGAGUCUAAUUAUUUUACGGAACCUAAUUUUGAGCAUUUAUUAUUUAGCAGCCAGAUGGAAGAGCAGUUCCUUGCUUUAUUAGAAUCUGCUAAUUCUGAGAUUGACGUUCUUGGAAGCUAUGAUGCAUUAUAG